AUGAUUCCUAUUCAGUCACGUCUACAUGAGAUGUCGCUCCCCAAGGCGGCGGCUCCUAUCGCCAGCACAGAUCCAGCACAACCCACCUUUGCCUGGAGUGGCAGCGCAUCUUCUUCCAUGUCAAGUCCUUUCGCCCCUCCACCAACUCCCACCGACUCUCUCCUCGAUAUUAGCCCACGGAAGUCGUCGUUCUCUAGUGAGAUGGGAGCAGCAUAUGCCUUCCCCUCAUGGCCCAACCGUCCAUCUCUCUCAAGCAACAACUCCGCCGAUUCAUGUGCCAGCGCCUUUCUCUCUGACGACGACCUCCUGUGGAUGCCAGAGAACUCGGCCGCUGAACAAACAGUGGACGAAGCCAUCAACCAGGACGCCGGUACGAUCUGCUCCGUGACCAUGGAACAGCAACUCCAACGCCUCCGCGCAAUUGCCGAACAAGAAGAUCGGGCCAACUUCCUCGCCAAGGUUGAAGCCCACGCCCGAGCAACCCACGCCCUCCGUACAGCAAAGCAGAGCAUUGUGGCAGAGCGCGAGACAACGAAGCGCAAGAAGCACCGCGUCACGCCCACUCCGAAACGACGUGCUCAGUCAGCAUCCAAGGUGCUCAGUCAAUAA